CGGUGGUGGACAAAAGCGUGAUGCCGAAAAUAAAAAUAAACGUCGCCCUUGCUUCGUCAAAUUUUCGUGUGGUUUCAGAUAGAAUUUCUGGCGGAAAAACAACUGAAAUCAAGCUCUUAAAUAGUGAUUUGUGAUACUUAGCAGGUUAGUUUUCGAAAUCUAUUAAAAUUCAGUGGCAGGCAACUGUAUUUCUGCGUUAAAUUGAUUUACCAAAUUGCGUGAAAAAGCAAUAAAAAUUGGGAAAAUUUGCAGUGUGUUGAAAAAGUAGGCGAAAUUACGCAUUUCGUUUUUGCCUAGUGGUGGGUUUGAGAGAACCAAACGAUAAUAAAAGCGAAUCAAAAAUUGUACAACAAAUUAGCGGAAAACGCGUGGUGUUGUGAAAAAGCAGGAGAUGAAAACAAAUGAUAGGGUUAUUGUGUAUUAAUUUGUGCAUUAACAAAUUUUAAUAAAAUUCUAUACAAUGGAGAACAAAUGCAAUAAAACUCCUAAUACCAACAACAAAUACAUGGAUCACGUUUACUGUCAUCCAACUGAAAGCAAAAACUACAUACGCGCCAACAACAAUGCAGGGGGUGGUGGUGGAGCUGCCUCAGCGGCGAAUACAGACUACCUGGCGCUGCUCAAAGAAAAUAAACAACUUCGCGCUAUGUUGAUACUGCAUUUGGACUUGAUACAGGCACAAAGUGAUCAACUUCAAGUGAAGGAUAAACAGCUUGCGACACAAAAUGAAGAACUGGAUGAAAUACGCACAAAAAAUCAACAGCUGGAGACACAAGUGCAAGAGUUGCAGAAACAAUUACAGCGGCAUAUAAAAAGAACCGCGGUUUCGCCACCACCACUUGCAAAGAUACAGCGUACAACUGAACCGUUAUUAACCAGUCUAGUAUCUCCUGCAACAUCAGCAGCGGCAGUGACUACUUCUACCACACAGAAUAUAAUUGGCGAAUGCAAUGGUAAGCUUAUAAGUAAAAUAAUAUUGCAACGUGUUAGUUUGCCUGAGGAUAGUCCGAACUCGACAACCACUGGCACUUCCGAAACCACAUCCGAUGCGGAUGACAGCACAGCUAGUAAGACACAUGCCGAACAAGACGACCACGAUGAUGACGAUGCUGGUGAAGAUGAGGGGGAAGAAGAAGAAGACAAUGAUAUGGAGGACGGUGGCGAAACUACAGGCAACACUACUGAGGACAGCAAUGAUGUGCUUGCGUUGCUUACUACGCUAUCUGAUCAUCAAAGGAUGUCACCAGUACUUGUAUCGCGUGGCGCCAAAACUUUACGCCAACUUGCCGCCGUUCCAGUACAGACCACGGUUUCGGCACCGACAACUACAACGUCUGCAUUGCCUAGUACGCCUGCUGUGGUGCCCACCGUUACCACUACUGCUCCAACGACAACACAAGUGUGUGUUACCCCACCAACGCCAAGUCGCGGCAAACAGAUGCCGUUGAUGUUGUGGCAUGCGCCGGAUUUGCAAUCCGAAGAAUCUGCAAGCUGUGAGUCACUUGGCGAACUUUCUGAUCAGCGUUCAAUGAUUGCCUCGCCUGCUUCGCCAAAAAUCGAACAUAAAUCGAAGAAACCAAAGAAUAUCACAACAACACACUCGCUUCGAAGCGGAACCAAUUUGCAAUCACAGCAACGACAAAAUAAGCCACGUCGAUGUGCUUACAUAUCCACAGGAGAAAUGUACUGCACACGUGCAUGGGAAGAUGAAGAGGUAAUUGCUGAUGGUUACGAAUUCAUUAAGGAAGAGGCCGAAGCACUACAAGCUGAUGCACCCAUGCUAGAGAUACCCAAAUGGACUGAGCACGAACUUGCCGUAUCUUACUGCAUCGAAGGUACCGAAAAUCUAUCGGACGAAACGUUCCUUAAGCGUCAUGAAAAGUUAGAAUUGGCCGAGAAGAGACGUAAGAAAUGGGACGUGCAGCAGAUACGCGAACAGCGCCGCAUUGAAAAACUGAAACGGCGUCAUUGCAAAGAUGAAAUACAAGUACCGCCGGAUCAACAGCCAUUAUUGAGUUUCUAUCCUCAGCCGGAUACCGUGCAGACAAUAUGCUUUACUAGUGAUUUGCCAGUGCAAGCAUUUGGUGAGCUAGUGCCAAAAUUGAAUGCACACAAUGAAUUUGACUUGCCAUGGCUUGAAGCAUUGGCUACUGCACGCACGCCAGGCUCGAUUGUGACAUUGGCGCAAAGUCAAGCCGGUGCCAAUCCAUCGUCAGCACAAGGACAGCAACAGCUGAUGAAUUCGACCUUUGUGUUUGUCAAAAAACGUAAGCGACAGCAAAGCAACACAGCUGGUGGUGCAGGAGUAACACAAACAGCACGUCAACGUGGCGGACGGCGUAGGGCAGCAGCAGUAGCGGACGCUACCGCAGUUACGGCAACGGUACCCGAGACUGCUGCAACAACGGCAGCCGCCACUGCAACGCCAGUUGUGUCAGAGACUGCAGAGGCAACACAGCCAGCGACGGCGGAGCCAACUGCAGCUACAACAGCAGUUGCUGAUGAUGUUAACAUCAUUGCGAGUAAGGUUACCAACGAAGAACCUCCAAAGUAGUUAAGCUUUAGCGCUGCAAUUAGCAAUAUGUAUGUUAAUGUGCUGGGAAAGUUCCGAAGCUACUUAAGAAACUAUAGUUGGUCUCAUCAGUAAAGUUUAAAAAUGAAUUUGUAAAUGAUUUUCAAGUAAGUCAAUGCGUUGGUGCGCAUUGCUGUAGUAACAAAGUUAGUUAAGCCAAUACAAUUGAACACAUGUAUUUUGGCGGAUGUUUCACAAAUUGCUAUAUUAAGUUGGUAAUUAAGUACAUAUUUCGCACAAACUUUGAAUUUGAAUUCAGUACGAGGAAACUCUGUCGUGUGCACUGAUCAUAAUAACUGCUGUGGGGCCCAGAAACUAGAAUGCAUGGAUGAAGUAUAUCAACACAUCUAGUUUGAGAUAUGUAUUUACCUAUUUCUUUGUGUGUUGAUAAUUGUAAAAGCACUUAUUUUCGGAAGAUGUAACAUUUCUCUGGUUUGUAGUAAUUUAUUUGGCAGAGUAGUGACGCAUCAAACCUUAAUAAAAGUGAUGUUUAACGUAAAUAACGUAAAGAGAAGUUUAAUUAUUGGAUCAUGCUUGUAACGGCGAAACAAUUAUAAUAGAACGACAAAUCUGUAAAAAGCCCAAAACUUUUCGACCUAUUUAUGUAAGUUUAUACAUAAUUAUUUGUUAAUAAACAGAACAGGUGUAUCAGAACCGGGCGGUUAUUCAUAAAAUAUCGCAGCGACUCAAUAUUAUUUAUGAUUAUAUUUUGAAAGGAAAAUCUAAUAUGGAAAGUGGAUUUUGUAAAGCGUUUUAUUUUCUGGAAAAGAUAUACAUAUGUAUGUAUUAAAUUUAGUGAUUACUUUAAAAGUAAAAAUGUAGUGAAAUUCAAGAAAGCGUAUGUAAUUCAAGUCUUAUGAAAAGUUCUUAGAAAAAAUUUAGCAUUAAAGUUUUGAACGAAGAAAAAGAAAUUACUGUAACCUUCAGUUUUUAGUGUAAAAUGUAACAUAUUUUGGCAUAUAUGUACAUACAUAAGUAUGUAUG